CCAAGCAGAGAGCAGCUGAUCGAACACUACCUCAACAGUACCCAGCUGGAAGCCGCCUUGGACACGACCUUCAUGGGCAAAUGCGAGUUCAUCUCCCCCUUGGACGAUCUGGCCUUCGACAUGUACCAGGACCCUGAAGUUGCCCACAUAAUCCGUCUCCUGGACCAGAAGAAGCAGGACAUGGUCCGGCAGGAGAAAUACGAGCAGGCCAAGAAUCUGAAGCAGGCCAUCGCAGACCUGCAAAAGGUAGGGGAGCGUUUGGCUCGAUAUGAUGUGGAGAAGCGAUGUGCCAUCGAAAAGGAAGACUAUGACCUUGCCAAGAAGAAAAAGGAGCUGAUGGAGGAGUACAGGAGGAGCGUCUACCAGCAGCUGGAGGUCCACAACCUGCUGGACAUGGCAAUGAUCACGAGGGCAGCAGAUUCAUCCCCAGCCCAGGAGUCUCCCUGUCUUCAGCCCUCAGGUCACUGCUCAGUCCCCACCAAGCCCCUUGUGUCCACAGAAACAUUCAGGAAGGGGAAAACAACUAAUGCUGCUCAGAACCAACAGUCAGACACAGGAACGGUUGCGUCCAAAGUGAGCAGCCAACCUGACAUGCCGUGCUCCCCUGCUGCUGUACCCAAGAUAGACGUUUCUAGUGUGCCUUAUGACGAGAGACCACUGCCCACACUUCAAAGGAAAGACCGACCUGUGGAGAGCCCUGCAGAGCAUCACUCUCCCCAACCCGAUACCCAGAAAACUCCACACAGCCCUGAGAUGAGUGGAGAGCCAGAGCCCCUGACAGAGAAAGCCCAGAGAGAGGCUGGUCUGCCAAUAGAGGUCUAUGGAGAAAGCCUGGUGGCCGGGGCAUAUUCCAAAACCUGGUCUUACAGAGAGGAUGCUCUGCUGGCUGUGUACAAGAAGCUCUUGGAGCUACCACCCACCAUCCCCAGGGAGGAGUUGAGAAACCUGAUAAGAGCUGCAGUCUUCCUGGUCAAGAAAGCCCUCCUGGAUAAAGUGUCCUCUGUUUUCCACGCCUCCUUGAAGCUUCUGCUUCUACUGCUCAGCCAGUUGAUCCCAAAUUUGGGCCGGGCUGAGGUGACCCACUGCUUGGAGCAGACCUGGCCUAACCUGCUGGCCAGGACUGGAGACUCAGCUGGCCGCCUCCGAGCCACAGCCUCUGCCUUCAUACAGGAAAUUGCUGUUUUGAAGGAUGUACGCGGCCUGCAGGUAAUCCCUGGUGAGCUGGUGAAGCCGUUCAAAUCCAACUUCCCUUCUCGUCUGGCUCGGAGUCGGGCCGAGCUGCUUGAGAAGCUACUACCUGAGCUGGGUACGGAGAACUCUGGCUUCACCCUGGACAAUGUCAUGAAGUUCUGUACAGCAGCUUUGGAGCACAGUGCAUCAGCGGUUCGAGAGCUGGCAGUGCGCAUCAUCUUAUCCAUGUACCAGCAGUAUAGAGCUGCUGUUCUCAGCUACCUUCCACACAAUGAUGCCGCCGCACGGAAGAACUUCCUCUACAAAUCCCUCUUCGAUGGCUUUGCCAAGAUUGACGGAAAGCUGGUGGAGACUCGUACUGUGAAGAAGGGAGGUGGCCAGCAGGAUGGGCAAAAAGAGAAGGAGGAGAUCCACUCCCUUCAGGAGCAGCUGGCUGCCUUGAAGGAGAUCACAGAGAGAGGAAAUGAAAGCAUCGAAGGACCAAUGCCCAAGAAAGAAGCUGCCAAAGUUGAGAAACAGUCACAAAAAGCUGGCAAAGCAACUGUCACUAAAGUGCCCCAGAACAAGGUUACCAACAGUGUUGACGUCCAACAAUCUGUCAACUAUCUGGACAACCUGUGUAUAUUCUGCGGUAAAACGGACGAGUCAUUCACAGAGGAUGGAUUGGACCUUCACUACUGGAAACACUGUCCUAUGCUGAGACGCUGCGAUGAAUGUAGACAGGUAGUCGAGAUAGCCAGCCUCACAGAGCACCUACUGGGUGAAUGCGAAAGCAGGUCCAAGUUUAGCCAGUGCCCACGCUGCUCAGAGGCCAUGGCCACGGAAGAUCUGGCUCGCCAUGUCCAAGGUCCUGCCUGCAACCCCCCCGUCUCGGGUAAAGACUCCAACCACUGUCCUUUGUGUCACAACAACUUCAUGCCUGGAGAGGAGGUGAGAGUCCGUGCAUGCAAAUUACAAGAGAGAGAGAGAGCCAACAGUAAAGUUGUCACUCCCAUCUCUGUGACUAUGUGUUCUUGUAAAGCAAUGGCUAGAAAGCAAAUCAUGAGCUGAUGUACAGCAUUGCAC